CCUCAGCGCGUUGGCCCGAGGUAAACAAGGCUGAUCAGGGCGGCCGUGGCUAUCGGCUGCUGCUAUUAAUGAAAGCAUUAAAAAUGGCCAGAGAAGCUGUAAACUAUCUGGAUUCAUGGCUCUGAUCCCGUCGGAUACUGUCUUUGAUACAAUCGUGAGCGCUCUCCUCCGCCAUGUCGUCACGUGUGUUGAUGCGGCAGCAGCUGAUGCGAGAACAAGCUCAGGAGCAGGAGAGGCGAGAAGCCCAGCAGCAGGCGUCCGCCUCUCAGCUGCGGGCCCCCGACUCCACUCCAGCCAUCUCUGUCACGCCGCAUCCAAACGCCACCCGGCCACCUCCGGCGCAGGUGCCUGUGGAGGUGCUGAAAGUGCAGAGCCACUUGGAGAACCCCACCAAGUAUCACAUCCAGCAGGCACAGAGGCAGCAGGUGAAGCAAUACCUCUCCACCACGCUGAGUAACAACGCCGUCGCUCAGACCCUGGGUGUGUCGCCUGCGCCGCAGUGCAGUUCUGCCCCGGAGGUGGCCCCCUCUGCCGGCAGCGCCCCUAACAGCCCGAUGGCCCUACUUAACAUCGGCUCCAACAAGGAGGAGAUUGAAGACGUCAUUGAUGACAUAAUUAGUCUAGAGUCCAGUUUUAAUGACGACAUCAUCACAUUGAUUGACUCGGGUCUUCAGUUACCCAGCACGCUCCCAGGAAACCUACUAGACGUGUAUCACAGUCCUGGGAUGGCAGCACCCACUCUCACUGUUAGCAACUCCUGCCCUGCUGAUCUUCCCAAAAUAAAAACAGAAAUGACUGAUGCUGACACAAAAGCCCUUUUGAAGGAAAGACAGAAAAAAGACAACCACAACCUGAUUGAAAGGAGGAGAAGAUUUAACAUCAACGACCGUAUAAAGGAGCUUGGUACUCUCAUACCAAAGUCGAGUGACCCUGAGAUGCGCUGGAAUAAAGGCACCAUUCUGAAGGCCUCUGUGGAUUACAUCCGGAAGUUACAGAAGGAGCAACAGCGAGCCAAGGACAUCGAACUGCGGCAGAAAAAGCUGGAGCAAGCAAAUCACAGUUUAAUGUUGCGUAUCCAGGAACUGGAAGUCCAGGCACGCGUCCAUGGCCUCUCUUCUACCAGCAGCAUCUCCUCUGGUCUAACCUCCAGUCCCGCCCUCCUCCAGCAGCCGCAAGCCCCACACAACGGCCGGUGCUUACCCCACACUGCAGAAGCAACGUCCGGGCAUAACCUCCUCAGUCUGGGUGCGGCAGCCGUCGGACACCCUCUGCCCACUGCCUUCCUGUCGCCACCUUCAUCAGAGUCCCCUGCUGGGGUCACCAUCAGCAGCCCGUUGGACCUGGGCAGCUUGAGUUUUGCUGAGCUGGAAGACUCCUCCGCUUCAGCGCUCUACCCUGAUGUGGGCUUGGGAGACAUCCUUAUGGACGACGGGUGCGCCCUCUCUCCAGAGGCGGUGGUUGAGCCCCUGUUCUCUCCUUUGUCACCGGGUGCCUCUAAAAGCAGCAGUCCCAGGAGCAGCUUGGAUAUGGAUGAGGACUUAUGAUGAAUUCUGAGUGUUUGCAGAGAUUGAAUGUCAGCUUGCAGUCUGUCGUCAUGUCAGGUGAGUCUAGACCAGGGGUGGGCAGGUAGUUUACCAAGGGGCCACAUGACACAGCAGUGAUCAGUGAGACAUCAGCCAUGUUUGCUUUUCAUAUUGUGCUUAAAAGAAAUAGCGUUCACUCGCUCUAUCGCGGUUCACCUUUUGCAGAUUUACAGCAUAUGAACGCUGUUACAGGCCGAACCUGGUCCUUUAAGAAGAAUUGUAUUGUGGGAAGUUGAGUGUCUCUCUCUUCCCCCUCUCGUCUGACUGCAUUGCUUUCUGCAUCCUGAUUGGCUGUAGAGCGUUGUCAAUCAAUCUCCUGCCGUGUCUCCUGUGUCAUCCGCUAACUUGCUUGCUUGCUAGCUUGUUAGCUUGUAAAUGAAUCUUCAGUUCCAAGGAGGAUGACUGCAGCAAUAUGUUUUAACAAGGAUACAAAAACGCUACAGUACAGACGAACGGCGCCAGGACGACAAGGCACGGUCACAGGAGUGAAAUACAUGCGAGUCACUUAAUCAUUUCUUCUUUCCGACCUGCAGGUUGAUCAAACAUUUCAAAGGAAGGUUUGAACGUUUUUUGAGAGUGUUGAAACAAGAGAGAAAUGUGAGAAAAUGUUCAUGCCUGUCUGAGAAAAGUGUAUGACGUGUUUGGGGAGGGCUUUGACAGCCUUAAAACAUACACAAUCUUUGGAAACAAAGUUGGAUACUUCGCGGAUUUCGCUUAUUUCGGGCUAUUUUGGGAAUCUAUCCCCCGCAAUAAACGAGGGAACACUGUAUUGAUUUAAAAAUAUCGAUAUAUCGCCCAGCCCUACAUUUUGGAUUUUUUUUUUUUUUCAAAUUUUUGAUUAACUUUACAUGGGCCGGUCAGGCACAGGUAGUGUGGGAUGUGGCCCCCGGGGGCUGUACUUUGCCCAGGUCUGGUCUAGAAUGUUUAAAGAAAAAGAAAAGUCCGAUUGAAACUAACGUAAAUGUUUUUGUUGACUUCUGGAGCAGGUUGAAUGAUUCCGUGUGUGUUUGUAAAUGCAAUGGUGAAAAAUAGAAUAUCAUACGUACCCCAGGGAUGCUUACUUUUCUAUGAAACAUUCUCAGAUAUUUUUGAAAGAGUAAGAGUAAUAUCAAUUUAGCUUGAAUUUAAGAUGUGGUCAUUUAUAGGGAAUGUUUAUUUAGUUUGAAUCACAUGACAAUGUUGGCGAAAGCAGACGUUAUCCAUGCAGAGACACACAGUAGCUGUUCUUUUUUGACAGGAAUCAGGGUUCGCAUGCUUGUUGUGUGGGGGCGGGUGCAAAAGGGAUGAUCUUAAAGUGAAUUGGCACAUUGUGAAACAUUUUCCCUCGUUGUAAAUAAGAAUAUUUUAUUCCGAGCAAUGGCACUGCACCUUAUGUUAUUGCGGUCUAUGCAUUUAGUCAAAUAUAAGAUCCUGUUUGUUUUCCUACAACGACACGCUGUGGGAGUGCAAACCCCCACGGCGCAGGUAUGACUAGAAUACCCAAUGAGCUGCCGCCGCUAGUUAGCCAAAGCAGUGUAGCCACAAAUGACUUGUCACUGUUGUAUUUGUCAGCAGUACAGUAUUCAGCUUCGCUGUGACAAAUGCAGUUGAUCGUUUUAUGACAGCCGCCGUAGUUGAUCAUGUUUUUGAUACCUGAGUCGUUUGUUUACUUUGAGUAGUUUGUCGUUCGGUGUGACUAAUAUCUGUUUUGUCUCCAUUUACCUGGGUGAUCACUGGCUGAUUUGACCAGUUUGUGUUUUUUAGUGGAGGCGUGUCGGAUGAUCUCGGAAUGCAGACCACUAUUUUCUACAAGACGGCUUUUCAUUCGUUAAACGUGUCGUGCAACUUUUGGGGAUGAAUGCGUUGAUUUUUGUGGUUGGUUUUUAAAACACUGACGUACUGUAUUUCAGAUAACAUAUUUUCAAAACGCAUAUGCUGGAAUUUCCAAUGUCUUUCGUGUAUUAUUGGCUAAGCGAGAACCCGCCCACUGUCUUGUGCGUCCUUAUUGGCUGCGGACCACGGUCAGUCAGUCUCCUCUGUGCUUGAACUGCAAUGUUUCCUGUUGUGUGAUGGCUAGCAAACAGCUUGCAGAGACUCCAAACUCUGUAUGUUUGCACGUUUUCUCACCGACAAAACCCACAAUGUCCACUAAACGUCGUGCACCCAAAAGGCAGAGGAUGAUGCUCGCCGUCGCACGAAAAGUUGGACUUGUGACAUGCUGAAGGCAGGUAGAUGUUACGCGGGUGUACGACGCUGUUACGGAAUACUGUAAAUGAAUCUCGGGUUGGAGGAGGACGACGAGGAUACAGCAACAAUGUUUCAACAAGGAUACAAAAACGCUUCAGCAGAGAGGCCGAGUCAGAGGAGUGAAAUACACGUGAGUCACGUGAUCAUUUCUUGUGUCCACCCUAGUAGGUUGAUCAUUAAAAUUCUAAGGAAAUUUGAACUUUGAGUGUUUAAACAAGACAGAAUUGUGAGAAAAUGUUAACGCCGGUCUGAGAAAAGUGUAUCAAGUGUACGGGGGCAGGCUUUUACAGCCUUAAAACAUACAGAAUCAUUGGAAACAAAUAUAGUUGGCUACUUGACAGAUUUCACUUAUUGCGGGCUAUUUUGGGAACCAGUCCCUCGCAAUAAAUGACGGAAAACUGUCAUUUUUUUUGAUGAUCAACAACCAACAAGCAACUCCGACCCUUUCACAAAUGCACGUUUGGUGUCUUCCGCCAUAGAGCACAUUGUAACAAAUAAAGCAUCCUUUUCAGAUGUGUCAGUGUGAUCACAUGCUUGCUAGUGGUACAGCAUCUGUGAGAUUUCCAUCGCUAGGUCCAGGCACUCUGUGGCCUGGAGGCAGAGAUCACAGAUACUGCAGUCGCAGUGAGAGCAGCACAGAUCUCGGCACCAGCAGACGCCACAGUGUCGAGCGAUAUCCGAGAGAGGCCGCAGGGCGGUGGACUCGCAGCAGAACAGCAUGGAGCACAGCGACCAAACGCACCGGUUACACCCGCUCACUGUGGCCAGCAGACAGUCCAGGGGGUGGCAGAAGAGACAGGCCAGCAGGAUGGCGGCACAGAGGUCUCAGGGAAGGACAUCAUGGGGAACGAGGUGAACAUUUUGAAGGAAUGACCAGGUUACACUGAUUGAACUGACCACAGCUGGACUGUAGGAAGGUACACGUCGCCUCUCGUCUGAGCGGGCUUCAUCAGUCCAUGCUCAAAGACUGCACCUCAACAAGAAAGAGUACUCUUUUGACGACACAUUCUGGUAGCGAAGGCAGAUGGUUUGAAAGAGGAGUGAGGGAAGCCAUCUCUAACAGAGGGGGAGGUCUGCGGCACCACGUACAAUGCUGUCCUUUCAUCCCCUUCAUCCCCUUCAUCCCCCUUUCACCGUCAUUUGACACAUUCCUGUGUGGACAUGCCUCCUCCUUUAGAGCAGGGCUUCUCAAAGCGUCUCAACCCGGGACCCACAUUUUACAAUGGUCAUGAUGUCGUGACCCACUUUUAUUGAGGUCAUUUUACAUUUGUAUUAUUUUGUUUUCUUUUAUUUCAGUCUUUGUUAUUUGUAUUUUUUUUACACUUUAAGUCAUGUUUUAUUAUUAUUUUUUACACUUUUAUUUAAGUAUUUUUUAUUAAUUGAUUGAUUACUUUUAAGUAAUGUUUUAUUUAUUUACACUUAAAUGUGACUUUUUUUAAUUUGUUUAUUUUUGUUACACUUU